AUGCAGUCCCGAGACAAUAUUCGAAAACCCGCGCGCUAUGAAUCUGGAGUCUGGUCGCAAUCGGAAGCCGAGUAUGAUGCCGGCAAGAGAGAAUGUCGAGCUGUGUUGAAAGCCCUAAAGAAGUUCCGACACUGCAAGAAGCAUAGUGCUGCUGAUGGGCUAUCACGAAGGCCUGCAACAGAACAAGAGCUGAUAGAUCAAGCUAAGGAAGCUGACAUUGAUGAAUUCAUUGCGGAAGAGGUAUCGUAUCUUCGUGUGCCCGUUUGGGUGCUGCCGGAAGGUCGGAUAUUAUCAGAAUCAUAUUCCGAUGACUCCGAGAUGAUUACUAGAUAUCUAUCCAGCCUUCGGAGGCCUGAGGCUAUGCCACGCAGUCAGUUCUACACCUUCAAAAAGAAAGCACUUCAAUUUGCUGUUCAAGGGGAGUAUCUCUUUUACCGAGGUCGUGGUGUGAAUCUGCCUCUUCGACGGGUCCUGGAUACUGAGGAGGAUCGUCAGCGUGUUCUAAAAGGAGCACACGAUGAGAUAGGACAUCGAGAAAGGGAAGCUACUUACCAUCUUCUAAAGCUGCGCUACUGGUGGGAAGGAAUGUAUACAAAUACUGCAGAAUUUGUGCGGUCAUACAUCCCUUGCUAA